AUGCGGUUUAAGCAGUACGUCUUUGGCCAGCAAGUCGCGGUGGAGUCCGACCACAAACCACUCGUGGGCCUACUGGACAAGCAAGUAGCCGACUGCUUCCCUCGCAUCCAAAGGAUGCGCCUUCAGCUUCAAAGUUUUGACUUUCGUCUGGUGUAUAAGCCAGGAAAGGAACUAUUCAUCGCCGACACCCUCAGCAGAGCUCAUUUGCCUGUGUUGUUUACAGAUGACGCCACGGAGGGUUGCCAGGAACAAGUUCAUGCCGUUUUAGACCAUGUUAUCCCUCUCCAGAAUACGCGAUCUCGUUACAGUCGAGCCACUGACGAGGAUCCGGCUUUGAAAAUAGUCAAGGAAAUGCUGUUGACGGACUGGCCCGACAAAAAGAGUCACUGUCCACUCCCGGCCCGGCCGUAUUGGAAUGUGUUCCACUCCCUCAGUGAAGUAGGCGGCAUUAUCCUUUAUGGAGAAAGGCUCGUCGUUCCAGUAUCGUUGAGAAGAGAGGUAAUGGACGGCAUCCAUUUUGGUCACUUCGGUGAAGUGAAAUGCGUCAGGAGAGCAAAAUCGUCCGUCUAUUGGCCCGGUUGUGACGACCAGAUCCGUAACAUGGUGGCCAGCUGCCCGUCGUGUCAAGAAAAUCGGCAUAACAAUCCAGCAUUACCCCUGUUUCCCACCCGCAUCCCGGUCCACCCAUUCCAGAAGGUAUCAGCCGACAUCUUCCAGUUUGGCGGUGUCCACUACCUGCUGUUAGUGGAUGAGUACAGCAAGUGGCCGUGUGUGGCGACACUGCGCACGCUCACGUCGUCAUCCACCAUUGAAGCCCUCGGCGGAUUUUUCGCGGAUUUCGGGACCCCUGAGGAGAUUAUAUCCGACAAUGGGAAGCAGUUUGACUGCGUUGAGUUUAACCGUUUUUGUGCAAAACGACAAGUUCGUCAUUUGACUUCCAGCCCUGAGUUCCCGCAGUCUAAUGGUCUGGCAGAGAGGCACAUCCAGACAGUAAAAAAGACCAUGUUGAAAAUGUUCCGGGACGGCAAGUCCCUGUGGGAAGUCUUACCAGCAGUCCGCUCAACGCCAGUGUCGGACCAGUUACCAUCUCCCUCCGUGCUCCUACAAGGCCGCCAUCUUCGCGGCUCACUCCCGUUCCUUCCGUCUGCUCUCACCCCGAGGUUGGUCCCCUCAUCGUUCGUGCAGCUGCAGUUACGACGACGACAAGGAAAGGUUCACUUCAAGAAUACACGCUGCACUGACGUGCGCUCAUCCGCCCUAUUUGUGGGGCAACGAGUCAGGGCUCGUGUCAACUCUCGGUGGCAGCCAGGAACCGUUGAAAAGGUGUGUGCAGAGCCGAAUUCAUAUCUGGUCCGAUUAUCGGAUGGCCGACUGUUUCGCAGAACACGCUGGGCCAUCAACAUUGAUCGUUCUUCGUCGUCACCACUGGACGCACCCAGUGAGCCCCUACUGCCUCGAGAUACGACAAAUGGAGCCUUGGAGAGUAUAGCAAACCAGUCGGUGCUUUUCCCGUCGCCAGGGCUGACGCACUCUGUUCCAGCGCCAGCAACGCCUCUCUAUUUAACCCCAUCGGUGUGCUGUGACACACCUUGCCCUAGUUCCGGGUCAGUACUGGCCAAGUCUACAACAACUACCCAACCGGAGGUUCGUUCUACCCCUUCGCGGGAUAAUGCCUCGCCUUUAGCCGUGCGGCCAGCCUACCCCAGCCCAGCGCCGGGGCCACGUCCUGAGCGCCAGGCCAUCAGCGGUGCGGUUUGUGGGGAUACCCCAGUAAGGAGUGUGCCGGCCCCAAUGUUCACCCGUUCUGGCCGCCAGUUUUCCCGCCCGGUAGACCCGAGUUAA